AUGGCCAACCCGGGCUCAAAUCCGAACCAACAUGAUGCUGAACGCAGCAAAGAUGCCGAGCUUGCACCCCAUAGCACCACCGAGAGGGAACAGUCUACCUUACAGUCUACCUUACAGUCUACCUUGGGCUUAAGGUUAGCCAUGCAGUCUCCUGACCUCCAGAGGCCAGCCAACAAUGUCACGGCGAGACAGAAGCAACAUGGAAGAUCCGGUGCCUCGAGGACUGCCACAGCCUCAACGACUGCCACAGCCUCAACGACUCCUUCCACUUCCAAUAUCCACCCUUCCUAUGCCUCUUUCCCAUCUCAGUACAGCUCGCGUACACCUUCCACCCAGCCAUCGCAGCCAUCGCUACAGUCUCAUACGCAGCCUCGAACGGCUUUUCUUCCAGCACCCACUGCAUCGCAGGAUGUACGCGGAUAUGAGAGAGUCACAUCCGUUGCGCCUGCUCCCAAACGUCCGCUCUGGAGCUUGGGCUCUACAUUGCCUCGUGUCAGGCGUAUUCCUGUCAGGCCAGCCAAGACUGCUUAUCCGACGCCAGGCUCUCGAUCUAAUAUUGUCCAGCAGCCCCUCGUCAUGCUGCCAAUGCAGACAUCUGCGCCCAGGGCAAGCGACUAUACAGAAGCCAGUGGCAGUGCCACAGCUCAAGACUCUUCUGAUUCGCCAGGUGGUCCAGAAGAGCUCGUUCGUGGUCGCGACUUUGCUGACACUACCGAGAACGACAAUUACACUGCCACAGAUUUCGCACAUGAAGGGCGACACUCAGGAGAGCUGCGUACCAGCUCGGAAGGCUCAGAUCUCACAAGUCUAGUCACCGGCGAUCUACCUCCUAUCGUGGAAGGCGAAGCACUCCCAACCAACCAAUCAUCCUUACCGCAAUCAGAGCCAUCGCAGCCAAUGGCUAGACCGCGCCUCGGCUACUCGUUCAGCAGUCCAACAGCUGCGGCCAACUCUAACCCUAUACAGUUGCUUGGCGCUGACCAGCUCGGUCUGGGCCGCAUUUCGAAGCAAGAUCAGAACCCACUCGCUCACCUCCAAGUCCGAGAAAGUCGAUCCAACAGAAGAAGCACAGAUGAGCACGACAUUGCUUCUUCAGAUCCGCAGCGAAGGCUCUCUGCCGCACGAAAACAGCUUGUCCAAGAAGCUCAACACGGCGAGCAUCUGCUCGCCACACAAGGCAGUGCAAUAGAUCCGAACGACUGCGAAGACGAAAAUGCACAACAUCCUACACACAAGCACAUCAAGACCUCUUCGAUGCCGUUCCUCCCCUCACAAGGCUUCGACAUCAUGCUGGCUGCCUCGAGCCACAAGAAUGCUGAUGAGCUGCACAAUCGGCCACAGGAUCGCAAGAAAGCCAGGAGUGACUCGCAAAACCGCUCAGCACUUGAGCAGACACGACAUCCUGGACUAUCCGGAGCCAGACCGACCCCUCGAGGUCGUGCUGCCGGUGGCCCCGCAGCAGGUGUAGACGUUCGAAAGCCAUCUAGCCAAAGUAUCCGUCGAGCGACCAACGCGACGAACCAAGGUCGAUCUGCAGCUGGCUACUUUGACGAUGAUGUGCCACUUCACCAGCUGACCCACUUGGAACGUCAAUGCUCCAGUCGACAUCGUCGUGCAAGUCAACAAAGUCAGCAGGCCGAGCAACAUCACCUUGAAGCUUCAACAUCUCCAAAACCAAGCGACAGUCAUCGCAGCUCGAAUCGAAACGAUACGAGGUCUCCAUCCAUCAGUCAGAGCAUUCCAUCGCAGGCAGGCAUGCAGAAGCCUAGCGAAGAGCCAAGUGGCAGAGAUGGCAAUGAGGGCAAGGAGGGCAAUGAGGGCAAUGAGGGCAAUGAGGGCAAGGAGGGCAAGGAGGGCAAUGAGGCCAGUCUACAGCAAAGCAUGCAGACCAAAUCUGCCCAAGUUGUGGAAGGUGCAGCGGGGCAAGAGCGUCAUAGCGAAGAAACAGUGUACUCUUGCUCGGGAAAUGACAUAGGGCAUACCAGCCAGCGCUCCCAUUUUGCAGGUCAAGGCGGAGAGCAGGAUGAAGGAUGGGAAGCAGAACAGAAGGAAUACGUCCAACAAGAUGAUGAGAUGUGGCUAGGUGGACAAGGCACCUACGAGGAUGGCUCAAUCGCUUUCCCGACAAUAUGGUCAAGAUGGCGCUACCACAGUCGCGAGUUUCUGGCGGAAUCGCUGGCGACAAUGCUGCUGAUCACGGUGGGUACAGCUGUUGACUGUCAGGUGACGCUCUCGCAGUCAAUAGGACAGAGUGCAGGUUCUUAUCCGAAUCAGAACUGGGCCUGGGGCAUAGCUGUAGCCUCGACGAUCUACCUCAGCGGUGGUCGUAGCGGUGCUCACUGUAAUCCUGCGAUCACGUUGGCACUCGCCGUGUUUCGUGGAUUCCCUUGGAUUCAGGUGCCCAUCUACUGGAGCGCUCAGCUGCUGGGUUCAAUUCUGGGAGCUGCAAUCACGUAUGGCAUCUAUUUGCCAGCUAUCGAUCAGUUUGAAGGAGGCCCUCGUGUCCGCACAUUGACUGGCGACACAGGAACAGGACGUCUAUUCGUUACAGUUCCUCAGCUUGUCUUCACACCGGCCUCUGGUUUUGGAACUGAGCUUGUCGCCACGAGUAUCCUCAUGGCUAUGGUGCUGGCCGUGGGUGACGAAACCAACGCUCCACCAUCGGACGGUCUGUCAGCAUUGGUGCUCGGAUUUGUGGUGGUGAUGAUCGGCAUGUCGUUCGGAUGGCCUACAAGCUAUGCCAUCUCGCCUAGUCGUGAUUUGGGUCCGAGGCUGUUUCUCUACAUGGUCGGCUAUGGCAAGGAGCUCUGGACACACAACUCGUAUUGGUGGAUCUAUGGUCCGCAAGCUGGCUGCUUCACUGGUGCAUUGAUGGGUGCUCUAUUGUACGACUUGGCCAUCUUUACAGGAGAAGAGUCACCGAUCAAUUAUACGCGGCAAGGAUGGAAGCAAUCGACGCCGGCGCGCCUCGGUUCACGUCUGCUCAACUCGGCGGAAAGACUCGAGUUUUGGACAAGUCCUGUCAGGCGUGUUCGGCGUGGUCAGGCUGCCGGUCAAGACGAGGGCAAGGAAGGAGAUGCCGCCAGUUAUUCACUUGCUGAUAAAAGAGCAAUGGCACAUUCAAAAUCGCACAACGCUAUCCUAGGUAUGAAGAGUAGUUCUGAUGGUGCAGGCCUGCUGCAAGAUCCAACCUCUGGCGCAAUUAAGGGACAGAGACGAAGGCAAAGUCAGGCGUCGCAACAGCUGGACGCUCAGGAACAAGGUUGUGCUGAAGGAUGCGAUCCAGCAAGAUGUUGA